UCAUGUAAAUUUAAUAAAUAAUGACAAAAAUAUGACAGAAUGAGAAUUUUUACUAAAUGAUGAUUAGGUCUAAAUAGUGUAUCACACAAAUGCAAUUGUACAUCAUGUCGAUCCAACACACGCAACCAACUUGAUCUCAAUUGUUAGAGCUAGGGGUAUAGAAAGUGGGUUGGGUUGGGAUGGGGACAUUUCCAACCCAAUCCAUAUAUUUUUCGGAUUGGAUUAUAUUGUUUUAUAAACCCUUGAAAAACUGAGAUAACGCAACAAAACGUUCGAAGAUAGUGAAAUGAGAAGCUGGCGACGACGUAGAUUGAGGAGGAGAGGUGUGAGAUGAGAAGCCGAGAUGAGGGGGAGAGUAUGAGUCAGAGAGAUGAAAGACAUGACGUGAAGUUGUGUUUAAUGAAACAAGGAUCGACUUUAAUUUACUAUUUACUAAAUUAAUAAUAAAAUAUAAAUAUAAAUUGUUGUUUGAGUUGUUGGGCUAUUCUUACACCAUUGGUUAGAGUCAAGAGUGGAAACGAGAAAGGAGGUAAAAAAAAACUGAAUCUAAGAGAAUAGCAAAAGAGAGAUCCGAGUUUGAUUACACAACUAUUUGUUUAAAUAAUUUCAUCCCAACGUGAUGUAAGAAAAGAAAAACUUACUUAAAAAAGUGGAACAAAAUUCAAUCAAAUCCAAAGUUUAAGUUUAACUCUUGUCUCUACUAAACUCCAUUACGAAGUAAUAGGGAGAGCGAGUAAUAUUAAGAGAAUACAAAUGCAAAAUCCAAAACCCUAAAAGAAAGAGUAAAGAAUAGAGGAAGAUUCCUACUCUAAAGUGCACAAUUGUGUUGUUUUGAUAAUAUCACUCAAGCAAUUGGUCAAAAAAAAACUGAAUUAAGGAAUGGAGCAGAUUUUAUUUUUAUUUUGGUAAUCGGAACGAACAAACCGUUAAUUUUAGAGUCAAAUCUCUGUUGUUAGGAUUGAAGAUACUGAAUUUUCAAGUUAGAAAAGGGAAAAAGACAAGCAAGAGGUCGUUCGCCAGUUUCAGUUAUGGUAAAUUGGUUCUCUCUUAUGGUUCAAACUCCAAAUCUUAUCCGUCGCAUAUCCACCAAAAUACGAGAUUGCAGAGAAAUGGUCGCACCCAAAUCACCAUUUCAGAUAAUAUUAGGUUCAUCGUCAAUGGCUCGUCGGCGCAUUCUGUCGGAAAUGGGAUACGAGUUCACUAUAAUGACGGCGGACAUUGAUGAGAAAGCGAUUAGAAAGGAAAGGCCUGAAGAGUUGGUGGUGGCUCUGGCUGAGGCAAAGGCAGAUGCAAUUAUGUCAAGAAUUCUAGCCACUGGCGUUCAACUCAACAAUGAUGCACAUCCGACACUGCUAAUCACUGCAGACACUGUGGUGGUCUAUGAAGGAACAAUUAGAGAAAAACCAUCCGACAAGGACGAAGCUCGUAAAUUUAUCAAAGGCUAUUCUGGUAGUCAUGCUUCUGUUGUAGGUUCUGUACUCGUAACCAAUCUUAUGACAGGAACAAGAAAAGGGGGAUGGGAAGAGGCAGAGGUUUAUUUCUAUGACAUACCAGAGGAGAUUAUAGAUACCCUGAUUGAAGAUGACGUUACAUUCAAAGUAGCUGGGGGUCUGAUGUUGGAGCAUCCACUGACUUUGCCAUUGGUUGAGGCAGUGGUAGGUUCAACUGACACAGUGAUGGGACUUCCCAAAGCUCUUACGGAGAAACUCAUGAAUGAUGCUCUAUAGCUCACUAAGGAACUAUUAUCAUCUUGAUAAACAUGCUGAUGAUUCGUAAUUUUCUUUCACGAGAUAGUACGUACUUCUUUUGUAAGAAAAGGCAAACUAGAAUGAUUUUGUGAAGGUCCAUUGUUUGAAA